AUGCCUCCCAAGCAUCCUAUGCUUGCGAUGGACGCCCCGGCUGAGGCCGAGGCCAAGUGGCUAACUGAAGCACUGCUUGGUCAUCAGCACCCCGAUUGCGAUACCUUUCGCAAGCUUGAGGGGGCCCUUUCAUAUAUUCAUGCAAACGGCAUCGUUCCUCACGUCCACCCUCCACGCAUAACUCCCGAUCUCAUUUCCCGCCGGGCGAAUACUAUGUACGAGCUACUCAGAACUAUCAGUCUGGGAUCAGAGCACCCAUAUGGAUUUUCACACCGCACUGCUCGGUUCUUGGACGUCGGGUCAAAAUACGAUGGAUUUAGCCGAUAUGUCCUCGAUAAUUCCAAUGGCAGUGGUGUGCGCGUAUUUCUUCCUGUUGACGAAAGGGAGGAUAACUGGGGUAUCCCGCUGAGCGAUCGCCACGAAGAGUACCCGGUUGAUCUUCUUACCCUGGUGGCAAGUUAUAUGUCAUCGGAUCCAACAACCCACCCGUUGCCGGCGCCGCUCAAUAAAAAAUUCGACUUGGUUAUACUGAAUGCGGACUCUUCUUGCCCUUGCGUCAUCCUCGCUCAAUUAUUGCUUGCCUUAUACACCAUUUACAAUGGCGGGCAAAUACUCUUGACGCUUUCUUGCAUUGAGCGACCCUUGACCGCCCGCGUGGUAAUCGCGAUCUCGAAGAUCGCCGAUUAUGUCACCACGUCCAAACCAGUCAGGAUUCAUGCCCGGAGUGGCCUCUUUUAUUUACAUGCCCAAGCGGUCAGGACCAAUACUCCGGCUUACCGAAAACUUAAAGACAACCUAGAGAGGUUGUGGUACCGAAUACACAGCACACACACACGCAAUCCUACAUGGGAUGAACAAGAUUUGAUUACUCCAUGGGAAGAGACAGAAUCCCCGAACAUAGCCGUCUCUUCAGCAUCAGAUAGUGCUGAAAUAGGAGGGGUUGGCAGCGCGCGAUGUCCCUCUCCGCGGUUUCUAUCAUCGCGGUUUUCACCGUCUCGAUCUUUGCAUGCCAACCGAUACAACCACCAGGCUCCCCAAGAUGCAGCUAAAGAUAUACCUGUCAUUGGUAUACCAUACUCACAACUUACGGUUGGAGUCGCGGUCGAAGGUUUCCCAGGGGAGCGCCGCGUGGCUCUGACACCUGUUAACACCGCUCUACUUCUUAAGAAAGGCUUUAAACAAGUUCUAGUUGAAGAGGGUGCUGGAUUUCAAGCCGAAUUUUCUGACGAGGACUAUAAGAAAGCUGGAGGAAAGAUAUCCACUCGAGAUGCAGUAUACGAACAAGCCGAUGUCUUGCUCAAAGUCCGCUCACCAAUGCUCGAGAAGGGAUUGUCGAGCUCCAAAUCGGAGAUCGAUAUGAUCCGACCAGAGAGCACCUUGAUUUCUUUUCUUUACCCAGCGCAAAAUAAGGAAUUGAUUGAACAACUUCAAAGGAAAAAAGUUACGGCAUUCGGGAUGGAUUGUGUACCCAGGAUAUCUCGCGCGCAAUCUUUGGAUGCUUUGAGUUCUAUGGCAAAUGUCGCGGGUUACAAGGCUGUUUUAGAAGCUGCAAACGUUUUUGGUCGAUUCCUUACUGGUCAGGUUACUGCUGCUGGAAAAAUUCCUCCCUGCAAGAUGCUCGUUAUUGGUGCCGGGGUGGCUGGCUUGAGUGCGAUUGCCACAGCUCGUCGUAUGGGUGCUAUUGUGCGAGGCUUUGACACUCGUCCGGCAGUUCGUGAACAGGUUCAGUCUCUUGGUGCCGAAUUUUUGGAAGUCGCUAUUCAGGAAGAUGGCUCGGGUACAGGUGGAUACGCUAAAACUAUGUCCAAGGAAUUCAUCGAGGCAGAAAUGGCACUAUUCAUGGAGCAAUGCAAGGAAGUUGACAUUAUCAUUACUACGGCCCUCAUUCCUGGCAAACCGGCUCCAAAGUUGAUCACCAAAGAUAUGGUUAAUGCGAUGAAACAAGGCUCGGUUAUUGUUGAUUUGGCUGCUGAGAACGGCGGAAACUGUGAACUCACGCGUCCAGGAGAGAUGUAUACUCAUGCCGGCGUCAACAUCAUCGGCUACACGGAUCUCCCUUCGCGUCUGGCUAGACAGUCCUCAAACCUCUACUCUAACAAUAUAACAAAAUUCCUUCUGACUCUUACUACCCCACAACAUGAGUCUCAGCUAGCCAUUGAUAUGUCGGAUGAAAUUGCGCGCCGAUCAGUCGUUCUGCACCAAGGCGAAGUCCUCUGGCCUGCUCCCGCUCCGGUCGUCCAAGCUCCUGCCGCUUCUGCUACUCCCCCAGCUGAAGUUAAGCCCGAGGCCAAGGCGAUCACACCAUGGCAAAAGGCUUCAAGAGAGGUGGCAACUCUAACCGGUGCGAUGGGUAGUGUUGUUGCACUUGGAAAGAUCACUGGUCCUGCAUUUAUGAGCAACUUUUACACGUUUGGUUUGGCUGGACUGAUCGGGUAUCGUGCGGUUUGGGGUGUUACCCCAGCAUUACAUAGUCCACUCAUGAGUGUUACCAAUGCCAUUUCCGGUAUGGUUGGAAUUGGCGGCCUAUUCAUCAUGGGCGGCGGAUACCUACCUCACACUAUCCCUCAAGUACUUGGGGCCCUGUCGGUUAUGCUCGCAAGUCUAAACGUCUUCGGAGGGUUCAUCAUUACCCAGCGCAUGCUCGACAUGUUUAAGCGCCCUGGCGAUCCACCCGAAUAUCCAUGGCUAUAUGCGGUUCCGGGAGUCGUAUUCACUGGUGCAUUUUUGGCUGCCGCGUCGACCGGAAUGGCAGGUUUAGUUCAGGCUGGGUAUCUGACGAGUAGUUUGUUGUGCAUUGGUGGUCUCUCUGGACUUGCAUCCCAAUCUACCGCUAGACAAGGCAAUGCACUCGGUAUUCUCGGUGUUGGGUCUGGAAUUGUCUCUUCUCUCGCGGCAGUAGGCUUCCCCACACCCGUUCUUGUGCAGUUCAGUGCUUUGGCUUCGAUUGGAGCUAUUCUAGGCCGAUGGAUCGGACGUCGGAUUACUGGAACCGAACUUCCUCAAACCGUUGCUGCGCUGCAUUCGGUAGUUGGUUUGGCCGCAGUAUUCACGAGCAUCGGAAGCGUCAUGGCUGAGGUUGGACAUGUCGAAUUGAGCACUUUACAUAUGGUCACUGCGUACCUCGGUGUUCUUGUUGGAGGGAUUACGUUCACUGGCAGUAUCGUUGCUUUCCUUAAACUCGCCGGCAAGAUGGGCAGCAAACCUCUUGUGCUCCCUGGUCGUCACUUGAUCAAUUCCAGUCUGCUCGCAACCAAUUUUGCUACACUCGGAGCAUUUGUUACCAUGGCUCCGUCUGCACCUGCUAUCGCGGCACUGUGCCUCACUGGAAAUGCUGCUUUGAGUUUUAUCAAGGGAUAUACGACAACCGCUGCUAUCGGUGGCGCUGAUAUGCCCGUUGUGAUAACUGUAUUGAAUGCCUAUUCCGGAUUUGCACUCGUUGCAGAGGGUUUCAUGUUGCAGAACGAUCUAUUGACAGCCGUCGGAAGUUUGAUUGGAAUAUCUGGCUCUAUCCUGUCGUAUAUUAUGUGUGUUGCCAUGAAUCGUAGCCUAACCAACGUUCUCUUCGGCGGCAUUGCACCAACACCUACAGGCGUGACUCAUAAGAUAGAAGGCACAGUAACGAAGACAAACGUAGACGAAGUCGUAGACUCAUUGAUCGGGGCGGAGAACGUUAUUAUUACACCUGGAUAUGGAAUGGCAGUCGCCAAGGCUCAGUUUGCUAUAGCCGAGAUGACUAAUCUGCUACGUGCACGGGGAAUCAACGUGCGUUUCGCGGUGCAUCCCGUCUCGGGACGAAUGCCGGGACAAUGCAACGUCCUGCUCGCAGAGGCUGGGGUACCUUAUGAUUUGGUGUUUGAAAUGGACGAAAUCAACGAUGACUUUGGUGAUACUGAUAUUGUUCUCGUAAUUGGCGCAAACGACACGGUUAACCCUAUUGCACUCGAGCCUGGAUCAUCGAUUGCCGGUAUGCCGGUCUUGCACGUAUGGAAGAGUAAACAGGUGGUGGUGAUGAAGCGAGGCAUGUCCAGUGGAUAUGCCGAUGUGCCCAACCCUCUCUUCUACAAGCCUAAUACGCGAAUGUUGUUUGGAGAUGCCAAGGAUCUGUGCGACGCACUCAAAGUCGGGAUUGAAAAGGCGCCCAAGUAG